CGGAGCUCGGAAAUUACAAUUAUUUUGCACCGUUGACGACUGAAAACGGGUCUCCACCAUGGGUAGUUUAAUGAAUGUUCAGUGCUGUGGGUUCGUGUGUCGGCUUUGUUCAAAAUCGCACCGUGAGGUGAUAUUUAUUUACGGCACCGAUGGGAUCGCCCUGGACUUGCUGCGAAAGAUUAAUAACUAUCUUCCCGUAGAGAUUACUCCUACAGACCCGCUGCCCAAGACCAUCUGUGUGGCUUGUACUUCAAAGAUCCUGCAGCACCAUCUGCUGAUGGAACAGAUACAGAAUGUGCAACAUAGGUUCAAGCAAAUGCGUGACGAGGAAUUGAUUCGAAUAAGAAAAAGCAAGGACACGACUCAGUCCUCUACCUACGGCGCUCCCCGGAGUAUCGUGAAGACGAAACCUAGUACCAGCACGCAAACUCCAGCCCCAGAGCCCUCAGGCAAACGACAAAGAUUGGACACGACACAGCAAACUGGUACACCCAGCAACAGCUCAAGCAGUUGUGCAUCCUGGACGUAUGAUGAAGGCGCCGGACCCAGCCGACCGCGUGCCGGUGACAGUGGGCAAAUGCAAUCGUCCGAUUUCGUCUUCAAGGAACCGCUGCCCGUGAAAACAGCUAGUACACCUGAGCCGGGACCCAGCGAUCAUUAGUAUACAGUUAUGCUCUGACAUUUCUCUUCAUCGCCACUAAACCGGUGCACAUUAAAAGCGAUUUUAAUAAAACAGCACGACAAACCCCAAAUUUGAAGUAAUCCUCGGGUCGGCCUUAAGACAAAACGAGCAGUGACUCCGACGUAGGGCGGGGCCAACCACGCUGCACAGUAACAAACAAAUUCUACAGAAGGAAACGACAACUCCGGAAGACCGACCUACGCUGCAGACAAGGAUAACGACUAUAGAACGUACACACUGUGGGGACAGCUAGAGUCUUAAAGCAACUGAAACCCUGGCUACGGAGCAAAAGAACGGUGCAUACCGAGCAAUGAUACAAAGACAUCGAACACGGGCAAACGUGCAUAAUUGAUAAGAAAGCCGACCAAUAAAGUGCAUCAGAAAAAGAAAUGGGAAGCUGCGAAAAUAGAUUAAGUCGAAGAAAACAAAAUACGAUACGAACCCAGAGGACAAUUUUCAAAAAAAGGGUAGCAAGAGUCACCGAGACCGAGACCACUUCCUACCUGUUGCUCGCUAACUAUCCAGAUAGCUCUAUGGCCACGUUACCAAGCAGGUGGGAGCUCUACUGACGAAUACGAACGGACUUUUGCCACCGGGCAUUAGGCACUGCACGGAUCGUAGUCGAGUUCAUAAGAAAUGGAUGACAGGGAGCAGCAAACAAUCUUCAUCGAUUCACAGCUGAACCAUGGGAUAGCGAAUCGAUGCCUUGUAACCGCGUCUUCUACCCUGAAAUCG